GGUCAAUCAGAGCACACCUUGCUUUUUCCGAACAAUGAGCUUUGUAAAAAUCGACACGUUUCAGAAAGGCGGGGCACAGAGGAGAAACAAUAAUGUACAGUAUGUGGAAAAUAAUGUUUUUUGAACCUUAAGCCGCAUAAAACCAUUGCAUUACACAAAAUACACAAAAUAAUAUUCUUUUUAGCAACGUCAUAUGACCCUUUUAACAGAAGAAACAUACAGGAAAUGCUGUGGUUUGCUGUGUAAAGGGAGGCUUGCCCUUUUACACUGAGUAGUUAGAAAGUCAGUGACACAUUUUCAUUGUUCCACAAUGACAGGCUUCACUGCGAUUCUUUUUGCUACAGCUGUGACUACACUGCACAUCACAGUUGUGGCUGGAGAUGACAUAAUCAAUGGGAAAAAAGCUUUAAAAAAUUCCUUGCAAUACAUGGUCUCAGUGCAGAAAAAUAAAAAACAUCUAUGUGGAGGAUUUCUGAUAUAUCCUCAAUAUGUGCUCACAGCUGCACACUGUGCAAGUGAAGAGAUGACAGUCGUUGUUGGCGACCAUAAUAUUUCUCCAAGCAAAAAUCUAAAAAGAUUUGAUGUUGUUCGCCAAUUUAUACCAAAAACAUUUAAAUACUUUAAGAUGGGAGAUGACAUCAUGCUUCUUAAGAUUUCCAGGAAAGUAGUUUUGGGAGGAAAGGUGAAGACGGUGAAAAUCCCACAUCAGCAUUACAGUGUUAAAAGCAAUACCCAGUGCUUGGUUGCUGGAUGGGGUUCCACUAAACAGCGUAAAGUUGUUAAUGACCUUUUGGCCUUGAAUGUAACAACUGUUGACAUCCGGGACUGCAAGGAUGCAUGGAAGAAAUACAAAGAAAACAUCACACAACUUCCACCAAACGUCAUCUGUGCUGGAGGAUAUAAACAGAACAGUGGAGUGUGCUUGGGCGAUUCUGGAGGCCCAUUGGUGUGCAAUUCAGUGGCAGUGGGCAUUGUUUCCUUCAACAUAAAGGAGUGUAAAUAUCCUGAUGUACCGAAUAUUUACACUGAAGUUUGGAAACAUGCACGUUGGAUCAAAGCAAUGAUGAAGAAAAAAUAAACUUAAGAUUUUUGUGUCCACAGCACUUGCAAA